GGAAAAUAAUAGGAGCAAGUAAAUAAAGUAUGGAACGCUAAGCUUCCCUAAGUAGACCCUGCUGUACUCUAUGUGACCGUGUUCUCAAAAUUCACCUUGUUCCGUCGGUAAUUCCCCCUCUCGUAGCCGUAUAGUUGACCCAAAACUAGGCGACCUCAGGGACCCUUCAGAUUUAGCUCCUCUUUGAGAUACCUUGGGGUCUUGAGCCGAACUACACCAUUUCCUCUUCUGAUGCUUGAGCUCUCCUAUCCUCAGUCGCCGCCUAUACCCAUUUCUAACUCUUUGUCGAGCACCUCCCUUCCGUCGCCCGGGAGAGCACAACACCGACUAGUGGUUUCGCUGGCCUAAACUCGUCCCAAGAGCUCCUGACGUCCGCCUUUCUCCCCCGACCACUCCUCCCCCGUCCUCCGCCAUGGCAUCGGCCAUUUUCUUCCUCGAUCUGAAGGGCAAGACCCUCCUAGCCCGAAACUAUCGCGGAGACAUUCCCAUGUCCGCCGUUGAGAAAUUCCCCAUCCUCCUCAGUGACGCUGAAGAAGAAAGCUCCGCUGUACCUCCGUGCUUCUCUCACGAAGGAAUCAAUUACCUCUACAUCCGUCAUAGCAACCUCUACAUCCUCGCCCUGACCAAGAAGAACACCAAUGCGACUGAAAUCCUCCUCUUCCUCCACAAGGUUGUGGAAGUAUUCACAGAAUAUUUCAAGGUGCUGGAGGAGGAGAGUAUCCGUGACAACUUCGUCAUUAUCUACGAAUUGCUCGAUGAGAUGAUGGAUUUCGGCUACCCACAAACCACGGAAAGCAAGAUCUUACAAGAAUACAUCACACAAGAAUCACACAAGCUCGAAGUGCAGGCACGACCGCCCAUCGCAGUCACCAAUGCCGUCUCCUGGCGAAGUGAAGGCAUCCGCUACCGCAAGAACGAAGUCUUUCUGGAUGUCGUCGAGUCGCUCAAUCUUCUGGUUUCCGCGACUGGCAACGUGCUACGGUCGGAGAUCUUGGGUGCUAUCAAGAUGAAGUGCUAUCUCAGUGGGAUGCCGGAGCUUCGUCUGGGGUUGAACGACAAGGUUAUGUUUGAGACUACGGGGCGUGCCACGCGAGGCAAGGCCGUUGAGAUGGAGGAUGUGAAAUUCCACCAGUGCGUCCGAUUGUCGCGUUUCGAGAACGACCGAACCAUCAGCUUCAUCCCGCCGGACGGAGAGUUCGAGCUGAUGAGCUACCGUCUGAACACACAAGUCAAGCCUCUCAUAUGGGUUGAGUGUCUGGUCGAGUCGCACUCUGGUUCUCGAAUCGAAUACAUGCUCAAGGCCAAAGCCCAAUUCAAACGCCGCAGCACCGCCAACAAUGUCGAAAUCCUCGUCCCAGUCCCCGACGACGCCGACUCCCCGCGCUUCCGCACAAACAUCGGAACAGUGCACUACGCGCCCGAAAAGUCCGCCAUUGUCUGGAAGAUCAAGCAGUUUGGCGGCGGCAAGGAGUUUCUCAUGCGUGCUGAGCUCGGUCUCCCAUCUGUCAAGGGCGACGACGAGCACGGCGGUGGCAUGACUGGCGGCUUCGGAGGAAGCAUGGGCGGGACUCUCCAGGGGAAAGCGAAGAGACCCAUCAACGUCAAGUUCGAAAUCCCAUACUUCACUACUAGUGGGAUCCAGGUGCGGUAUUUGAAGAUUACGGAGCCAAAGUUACAAUACCCCUCCCUUCCAUGGGUCCGAUACAUCACACAGUCUGGGGAUAUCGCUGUCCGUAUGCCUGAUGUACAAUGAUGUAAAGACUUCUUUUCUUUCUACCCCUUUCCCCCCUAAUCUUCUGUCCAUUUGCGCCUGCGUCGAUUAUGUGCGUUAUAGUUCAAAUAGAUGAUUCUUCUUCUUCUUCGUUAUUUUCCUUGUCUCAUGUGGUAGGGGCGCGGAAGGUGGUGUUGGUGGUGUUGGUGGUGAUUUCCGG